AUGAUGCAAGCCGACAACGAUUUCGCUGAAAACGGAUGUGCAGGAAAAAAUUUGGUUACGUGGAUUACGGCGUCUUACUGUUUGGGAGUGUUCAUCGGUGGUUGCACCCAAACUCGUUUGGUCGAAUGUGUCGGAUUCAAGUGGUCGAUGGUCAUUUUCUGUGUGAUCGCUAUUGAAUUGGUUGAAUUUUGGGGCCGCAAGACUUUAUUGUUGACGUCUUCUCUUGGCAUGGGAGCAAGCCUAUCGGUAUUGAUAGUUUACUACGUUUUUACAAAUUCUUCGGAAUUUACUGUGACCGAUUACAAGUCAUAUGUGAUAUUAACAUACGCUUGUUUCUAUUUCAUCGGCUGGGGUCCGAUCGUUAUGGUCGUUUUCGCUGAAAUCACAACCUUAAACAUUAUGAAAUGGGCCACUGGAGUAUUCAACGCAUGCGGCCAAAUCGUCUUCUUUCUAGUGGUGUACUUUUUUUACAACGAUCACGCUUAUAUGACCAACUCUGUUAUUCUGUGGAUAUUCACAGGGGCUUGUUUCGCCAGUGCCUUGUUUGUCGUUUUAUGUGUUCCCGACACGCGAGGGAUGACACUUAAGCAGAUUAAAGAAAUGCUGGAAUACGAUAGUUGA